UAUAUCACAAACACAGAAAAAUCCUAGGCACAAAGAAGCAGAAAUUUUGUCACUACCUGUAUACUUAGUAGGUAAUAAAAAUGAAAGAGUAGAAUAGAAUAAAAUUGGACAGAGAAGAGAAAAUUUAGAAAGAACUUAACUAGAUCUUAUUUGCAAAUGAAGAUAAUGGUGAAGUGAUUUACCCAACAGCUUACAGAAGUUUCAGAGAAAAGUCAGCCCUUUAGAUGCACUAUUUUAGUAUGCAUGGAAUCUCCAUACACAGAACCAAUCAUUCUGUCAACCUGCUUUCUGUGCAUAGGGAUUAGUCUGGCUAUUUUGUAUCUGAGCAUGCAAAGUCUCCAGUUCUAACAUGGCAGACAAUGCUACACAUCGCUACAUCUCAUCUUUUUUCCUGGUUGGUAUUCCUGGUUUGCAAGCUUUUCACUGCUGGGUUGGCAUCCCCGUCUGCCUCCUGUUUGCCCUGGCCCUGCUGGGGAACAGUGUAAUCAUCAUCACCAUCAAACUAGAACCAAGCCUCCACCAGCCUAUGUAUUUCUUCCUUUGUAUGCUGGCAGUGAAUGACAUGGCUCUUGCCUCUUCCACGGCCCCCAAGAUGCUUGGUAUCUUCUGGAUGGAUGCACAUUGGAUUGACUUUGACACCUGCCUGACGCAGUUGUAUUUCAUUCACACAUUCUGCAUAAUUGAAUCAUCCCUCUUGGUUGCCAUGGCCUUUGACCGCUAUGUAGCUAUUUGUAUCCCAUUGCGUUAUACAACCAUCCUGACAACACCAACGGUCAUUAAAAUGGGUCUAGCUGGUAUGACCCGAGCUAUCCUUAUGGUUUUGCCCUGUCCUCUUCUUAUUAAAAGGCUACCAUGUUAUACUAAAUAUGUCAUCAGUCAUGCCUACUGUGAGCACAUGGCUGUGGUGAAGUUGGCCAGUGCCAACACCCUCAUUAAUAGAGUGUACGGAAUCUCUGUGGCCCUUUCAGUGAUGGUGUGGGACCUAGGGCUCAUAGCCGCAUCCUAUACCAAAAUCCUCCAGGCAGUCUUCCGGCUGUCUUCCCAGAAUGCCCGCUCGAAAGCGCUGGGCACCUGUGCUGCCCAUGUGUGCACUAUACUUGUCUCCUACACCCCUGCACUGUUUAGUUUCCUAACUCACCGCAUUGGCAAGAAGGUACCUCCAAGCAUUCAUAUAAUUUUUGCGAGUUUGUAUCUUUUGGUGCCUCCCGCAGUCAAUCCCCUGGUGUAUGGCGUCAAGACCAAGCAGAUUCGUGACCGAGUGGCUGGUCUCUUCUUCCCAAGCAAGAAGAUUUCUGGAAACUAAAA